AUGCAGGGGAAGAAGCAGGUUAACAAAGGGGAGGCAGGGGGAAGAAGCAGGUUCACAAAGGGGAGGCAGGGGGAAGAAGCAGGUUCACAAAGGGAGGCAGGGGGAGAAGCAGGUAACAAAGGGGAGGCAGGGGAAGAAGCAGGUUCACCAAAGGGGAGGCAGGGGGAAGAAGCAGGUUCACAAAGGGGAGGCAGGGGGAAGAAGCAGGUUCACAAAGGGGAGGGCAGGGGGAAGAAGCAGGUUCAACAAGGGGAGGCAGGGGGAAGAAGCAGGUUCACAAAGGGGAGGCAGGGGGAAGAAGCAGGUUCACAAAGGGGAGGCAGGGGAAGAAGCAGGUUCACAAAGGGGAGGCAGGGGAAGAAGCAGGUUAACAAAGGGGAGGCAGGGGGAAGAAGCAGGUUCACAAAGGGGAGGCAGGGGGAAGAAGCAGGUUCACAAAGGGGAGGCAGGGGAAGAAGCAGGUUCACAAAGGGGAGGCAGGGGGAGAAGCAGGUUCACAAAGGGGAGGCAGGGGGAAGAAGCAGGUUCACAAAGGGGAGGCAGGGGGAAGAAGCAGGUUCACAAAGGGGAGGCAGGGGGAAGAAGCAGGUUAACAAAGGGGAGGCAGGGGGAAGAAGCAGGUUCACAAAGGGGAGGCAGGGGGAAGAAGCAGGUUUCACAAAGGGGAGGCAGGGGAAGAAGCAGGUUCACAAAGGGGAGGCAGGGGGAAGAAGCAGGUUCACAAAGGGGAGGCAGGGGAAGAAGCAGGUUCACAAAGGGGAGGCAGGGGGAAGAAGCAGGUUAACAAAGGGGAGGCAGGGGGAAGAAGCAGGUUCACAAAGGGGAGGCAGGGGGAAGAAGCAGGUUAACAAAGGGGAGGCAGGGGGAAGAAGCAGGUUCACAAACGGGAGGCAGGGGAAGAAGCAGGUUAACAAAGGGGAGGCAGGGGGAAGAAGCAGGUUAACAAAGGGGAGGCAGGGGGAAGAAGCAGGUUCACAAAGGGGAGGCAGGGGGAAGAAGCAGGUUCACAAAGGGGAGGCAGGGGAAGAAGCAGGUUCACAAAGGGGAGGCAGGGGGAAGAAGCAGGUUCACAAAGGGGAGGCAGGGGAAGAAGCAGGUUCACAAAGGGGAGGCAGGGGGAAGAAGCAGGUUCACAAAGGGGAGGCAGGGGGAAGAAGCAGGUUAACAAAGGGGAGGCAGGGGGAAGAAGCAGGUUCACAAAGGGGAGGCAGGGGAAGAAGCAGGUUAACAAAGGGGAGGCAGGGGGAAGAAGCAGGUUCACAAAGGGGAGGCAGGGGGAAGAAGCAGGUUAACAAAGGGGAGGCAGGGGGAAGAAGCAGGUUCACAAAGGGGAGGCAGGGGGAAGAAGCAGGUUCACAAAGGGGAGGCAGGGGGAAGAACAAAGGGGAGGCAGGGGGAAGAAGCAGGUUAACAAAGGGGAGGCAGGGGGAAGAAGCAGGUUCACAAAGGGGAGGCAGGGGGAAGAAGCAGGUUAACAAAGGGGAGGCAGGGGGAAGAAGCAGGUUCACAAAGGGGAGGCAGGGGGAAGAAAGCAGGUUAACAAAGGGGAGGCAGGGGGAAGAAGCAGGUUCACAAAGGGGAGGCAGGGGGAAGAAGCAGGUUAACAAAGGGGAGCAGGGGGAAGAAGCAGGUUCACAAAGGGGAGGCAGGGGGAAGAAGCAGGUUAACAAAGGGGAGGCAGGGGGAAGAAGCAGGUUCACAAAGGGGAGGCAGGGGGAAGAAGCAGGUUCACAAAGGGGAGGCAGGGGGAAGAAGCAGGUUCACAAAGGGGAGGCAGGGGGAAGAAGCAGGUUCACAAAGGGGAGGCAGGGGGAAGAAGCAGGUUCACAAAGGGGAGGCAAGGGGAAGAAGCAGGUUCACAAAGGGGAGGCAGGGGGAAGAAGCAGGUUAACAAAGGGGAGGCAGGGGGAAGAAGCAGGGUUAACAAAGGGGAGGCAGGGGGAAGCAGCAGGUUCACAAAGGGGAGGCAGGGGGAAGAAGCAGGUUCACAAAGGGGAGGCAGGGGGAAGAAGCAGGUUCACAAAGGGGAGGCAGGGGAAGAAGCAGGUUCACAAAGGGGAGGCAGGGGGAAGAAGCAGGUUCACAAAGGGGAGGCAGGGGGAAGAAGCAGGUUCACAAAGGGGAGGCAGGGGGAAGAAGCAGGUUCACAAAGGGAGGCAGGGGAAGAAGCAGGUUACAAAGGGGAGGCAGGGGGAAGAAGCAGGUUCACAAAGGGGAGGCAGGGGGAAGAAGCAGGUUAACAAAGGGGAGGCAGGGGGAAGAAGCAGGUUAACAAAGGGGAGGCAGGGGAAGAAGCAGGUUAACAAAGGGGAGGCAGAGGGAAGAAGCAGGUUAACAAAGGGAGGCAGGGGGAAGAAGCAGGUUAACAAAGGGAGGCAGGGGAAGAAGCAGGUUAACAAAGGGGAGGCAGGGGAAGAAGCAGGUCACAAAGGGGAGGCAGGGGAAGAAGCAGGUUCACAAAGGGGAGGCAGGGGGAAGAAGCAGGUUAACAAAGGGGAGGCAGGGGGAAGAAGCAGGUUCACAAAGGGGAGGCAGGGGAAGAAGCAGGUUCACAAAGGGGAGGCAGGGGAAGAAGCAGGUUCACAAAGGGAGGCAGGGGGAAGAAGCAGGUUCACAAAGGGGAGGCAGGGGAAGAAGCAGGUUAACAAAGGGAGGCAGGGGGAAGAAGCAGGUUCACAAAGGGGAGGCAGGGGGAAGAAGCAGGUUCACAAAGGGGAGGCAGGGGGAAGAAGCAGGUUCACAAAGGGGAGGCAGGGGGAAGAAGCAGGUUCACAAAGGGGAGGCAGGGGGAAGAAGCAGGUUCACAAAGGGGAGGCAGGGGGAAGAAGCAGGUUAACAAAGGGGAGGCAGGGGGAAGAAGCAGGUUCACAAAGGGGAGGCAGGGGGAAGAAGCAGGUUCACAAAGGGGAGGCAGGGGGAAGAAGCAGGUUCACAAAGGGGAGGCAGGGGGAAGAAGCAGGUUCACAAAGGGGAGGCAGGGGGAAGAAGCAGGUUCACAAAGGGGAGGCAGGGGGAAGAAGCAGGUUCACAAAGGGGAGGCAGGGGGAAGAAGCAGGUUCACAAAGGGGAGGCAGGGGGAAGAAGCAGGUUAACAAAGGGGAGGCAGGGGGAAGAAGCAGGUUCACAAAGGGAGGCAGGGGGAAGAAGCAGGUUCACAAAGGGAGGCAGGGGAAGAAGCAGGUUCACAAAGGGGAGGCAGGGGGAAGAAGCAGGUUCACAAAGGGGAGGCAGGGGGAAGAAGCAGGUUCACAAAGGGGAGGCAGGGGGAAGAAGCAGGUUAACAAAGGGGAGGCAGGGGGAAGAAGCAGGUUCACAAAGGGGAGGCAGGGGGAAGAAGCAGGUUCACAAAGGGGAGGCAGGGGGAAGAAGCAGGUUCACAAAGGGGAGGCAGGGGGAAGAAGCAGGUUCACAAAGGGAGGCAGGGGGAAGAAGCAGGUUCACAAAGGGGAGGCAGGGGGAAGAAGCAGGUUAACAAAGGGGAGGCAGGGGGAAGAAGCAGGUUCACAAAGGGGAGGCAGGGGGAAGAAGCAGGUUCACAAAGGGGAGGCAGGGGGAAGAAGCAGGUUCACAAAGGGGAGGCAGGGGGAAGAAGCAGGUUCACAAAGGGGAGGCAGGGGGAAGAAGCAGGUUCACAAAGGGGAGGCAGGGGGAAGAAGCAGGUUCACAAAGGGGAGGCAGGGGGAAGAAGCAGGUUCACAAAGGGGAGGCAGGGGGAAGAAGCAGGUUCACAAAGGGGAGGCAUGGGGAAGAAGCAGGUUCACAAAGGGAGGCAGGGGGAAGAAGCAGGUUAACAAAGGGGAGGCAGGGGGAAGAAGCAGGUUCACAAAGGGGAGGCAGGGGGAAGAAGAGGUUAACAAAGGGGAGGCAGGGGGAAGAAGCAGGUUAACAAAGGGGAGGCAGGGGGAAGAAGCAGGUUCACAAAGGGGAGGCAGGGGGAAGAAGCAGGUUCACAAAGGGGAGGCAGGGGAAGAAGCAGGUUCACAAAGGGGAGGCAGGGGGAGAAGCAGGUUCACAAAGGGGAGGCAGGGGAAGAAGCAGGUUAACAAAGGGAGGCAGGGGGAAGAAGCAGGUUCACAAAGGGGAGGCAGGGGGAAGAAGCAGGUUCACAAAGGGGAGGCAGGGGGAAGAAGCAGGUUCACAAAGGGGAGGCAGGGGGAAGAAGCAGGUUCACAAAGGGGAGGCAGGGGGAAGAAGCAGGUUAACAAAGGGGAGGCAGGGGGAAGAAGCAGGUUCACAAAGGGGAGGCAGGGGGAAGAAGCAGGUUCACAAAGGGGAGGCAGGGGGAAGAAGCAGGUUCACAAAGGGGAGGCAGGGGGAAGAAGCAGGUUAACAAAGGGGAGGCAGGGGGAAGAAGCAGGUUCACUAAGGGGAGGCAGGGGGAAGAAGCAGGUUCACAAAGGGGAGGCAGGGGGAAGAAGCAGGUUCACAAAGGGGAGGCAGGGGGAAGAAGCAGGUUCACAAAGGGGAGGCAGGGGGAAGAAGCAGGUUCACAAAGGGGAGGCAGGGGGAAGAAGCAGGUUCACAAAGGGGAGGCAGGGGGAAGAAGCAGGUUCACAAAGGGGAGGCAGGGGGAAGAAGCAGGUUCACAAAGGGGAGGCAGGGGGGAGAAGCAGGUUCACAAAGGGAGGCAGGGGGAAGAAGCAGGUUCACAAAGGGGAGGCAGGGGAAGAAGCAGGUUCACAAAGGGGAGGCAGGGGGAAGAAGCAGGUUAACAAAGGGGAGGCAGGGGGAAGAAGCAGGUUCACAAAGGGAGGCAGGGGAAGAAGCAGGUUCACAAAGGGGAGGCAUGGGGAAGAAGCAGGUUCACAAAGGGGAGGCAGGGGGAAGAAGCAGGUUAACAAAGGGGAGGCAGGGGGAAGAAGCAGGUUAACAAAAGGGAGGCAGGGGGAAGAAGCAGGUUCACAAAGGGGAGGCAGGGGGAAGAAGCAGGUUCACAAAGGGGAGGCAGGGGGAAGAAGCAGGUUCACAAAGGGGAGGCAGGGGGAAGAAGCAGGUAAACAAAGGGGAGGCAGGGGGAAGAAGCAGGUUCACAAAGGGGAGGCAGGGGAAGAAGCAGGUUCACAAAGGGAGGCAGGGGGAAGAAGCAGGUUAACAAAGGGGAGGCAGGGGAAGAAGCAGGUUCACAAAGGGGAGGCAGGGGGAAGAAGCAGGUUCACAAAGGGAGGCAGGGGGAAGAAGCAGGUUCACAAAGGGGAGGCAGGGGGAAGAAGCAGGUUCACAAAGGGGAGGCAGGGGAAGAAGCAGGUUCACAAAGGGGAGGCAGGGGGAAGAAGCAGGUUAACAAAGGGGAGGCAGGGGGAAGAAGCAGGUUCACAAAGGGGAGGCAGGGGGAAGAAGCAGGUUCACAAAGGGGAGGCAGGGGAAGAAGCAGGUUCACAAAGGGGAGGCAGGGGAAGAAGCAGGUUCACAAAGGGAGGCAGGGGGAAGAAGCAGGUUCACAAAGGGGAGGCAGGGGGAAGAAGCAGGUUAACAAAGGGGAGGCAGGGGGAAGAAGCAGGUUCACAAAGGGGAGGCAGGGGAAGAAGCAGGUUCACAAAGGGGAGGCAGGGGGAAGAAGCAGGUUAA